UGAGAUCUGACGUUUCUCGCUGUCACUACACGUGCAGAGAGGUGCGAAGCAAGUUGCAAAAAAUUCAAUCGUAUAACGUGUGACGGAAAUCUAAUAAACAGUUGAAUUCUGUUGCUCAACGAUACCGAACGUGAAUGGGACCAUUUUGAGACAGGUGAUGCUUGAGUAAAAGUUGAGAAUGAUCAAAUUUGGGCAACGCUUAUCCGCCCGGUGUACCGUACUGUUUUCUUCGCGGCUAGUCCAGGGCAGAAUAGCUGCUCCGUUUUUGGUAACGUCCCGUGGUAAGAGAGAUGAAGGUGGUCGACUGUUCACACCGGUUCCGAUUCGGCCCAAUCCGGACGAUAUAAACGUAGGUGCUGAGUUGACUGGCGGUGCACUGGAUAAGGCGGAAAUGCUGAAAGUGAUUCUGAAGUUUAGCAGUCGAAAAGAAAUAAAAUUUCUCUGUUUGGAAAACGGAAUUGAUUCCAACUUGCAGCCGCAGGCGUUUACUAGCUUCCGGAGGUACUGCCUGGAGACGGAUGCUUUGCCCGCGGAUUUGCACGUUGUGUUGAGUGAUAUUCUGCAAGGGGCCGGCCAUGUGGACGAUAUUUUUCCUUACUUUUUGCGACAUGUUAAAAACAUUUUUCCACAUCUGGAAUGUAUGGAUGAUCUGAAGAAGAUUUCUGAUUUGAGGCAGCCAGCAAAUUGGUACCCGAGUGCCAGAGGGAUCAAUAGGAAGAUAAUAUUUCAUUCGGGACCGACCAAUUCGGGAAAAACCUAUCACGCUAUGGAGCGAUUUUUAGCUGCAAAAUCCGGUGUUUAUUGUGGUCCACUAAAGCUGCUGGCCAGCGAGGUCUACAAUAAGAGCAAUCAGCGGGGAACACCCUGUGAUUUGGUUACCGGAGAGGAGAGAAAAUUGGCAGACCCCAGCGGUAACCCAUCAAAACAUGUGGCAUGUACAGUGGAAAUGACCUCAAUUAAUACACCUUAUGAAGUAGCAGUCAUCGAUGAAAUUCAGCUGCUGAAAGACAACGGACGGGGCUGGGCCUGGACCAGAGCCUUCCUAGGCUUGAUGGCGGAAGAAAUUCAUGUUUGUGGAGAGCCAGGAACGCUAGAAUUGCUGCAGAAAAUUUGUGACACCACGCAUGAAAGUCUCGAAGUAAGGAACUACAAACGGCUUACGGCUCUGCAUAUAGAAAACAAUGCCUUGAUGUCACUAGACAAUGUUAUGGCCGGAGAUUGCAUCGUGUGCUUUAGCAAAAAUGAUAUCUACACUGUAUCUCGAGAGAUCGAAGCAAGGGGCAAAGAGGUGGCGGUUAUUUACGGCGGUUUGCCACCAGGAACGAAGCUAGCGCAGGCUGCUAAAUUUAAUGAUCCUGAAAACAGUUGCAAGGUACUAGUCGCCACAGAUGCAAUCGGAAUGGGACUAAAUCUCAGCAUAAGGCGCGUGAUUUUUAACUCAAUAAUUAAACCAACCGUGAAUCAGAAAGGCGAAAAAGAAAUGGACACGAUAUCUGUUUCUCAAGCCCUGCAAAUCGCUGGACGUGCCGGGCGUUAUGGGAUGAAGUGGGAUGAAGGAUUCGUCACUACCUACAAACCGGAAGAUCUGCCUACGCUCAGAAACAUCUUGUCGCAAACACCGGAUCCGCUUACUCAAGCAGGUUUACAUCCAACAGCAGACAUGAUAGAACUAUACGCGUACCAUUUGCCGAAUGCCACCCUCAGUAAUCUGAUGGAGAUUUUUGUUUCCCUUAGCACGGUCGACGACUCUCUCUAUUUCAUGUGCAACACAGAGGACUUCCGGUUUCUAGCGGAAACUAUCCAGCACGUUCCACUUCCAUUGCGAGCACGGUACAUCUUUUGUUGUGCGCCAAUCAACCGCCAAAUGCCCUUCGUUUGUUCUAUGUUCCUGAAGUAUGCCCGACGGUACAGCAAAAAUGAACCGGUGACGUUCGAUUGGCUGUGCAAUCAGUGCGGUUGGCCAUUCCAGCUUCCGCGAACUAUCAUCGAUCUAGUCCAUCUGGAGGCAGUUUUCGACGUACUCGAUCUCUAUCUGUGGUUAAGCUAUCGCUUCCCAGAUAUGUUUCCGGACGAAAAACUAGUUCGUGACAUUCAGAAAGAACUAGACGACAUCAUCCAGCAGGGGGUGUUUCAAAUUACCAAGCUGUUGAAAAACUCCGAAUCGGCCGUUUCGACCAACACACCAGACGAGGAUUCGUUCAUGAUGCGGCAAAAGAAAACCAAGUACUAUCGGGAGAAUGCGCCCCGGGGGAAGCUGACGGAACGGUUGCUCGCACAAGGUCUACUCACACCGGCGAUGCUGCAGGAGCUGAAAGCGGAAUGGGACCAGCAGCCAAAAGCGGGCAAGGGUGGUGCUAGCGAUGAUGAGGAUGAUGAUUCGCCGGGAAAGAAAAAUCGACGGAAGACUAGGAAGCCAAAAUUUUGACCGAAUGGGGCGGAGAAUGAAAAUACAAAUUAGUUAAUAGCGUAAAACGAAGAAUGUUUGUUGGUAUUCGAAAAUACAGUAAAGGAAGGUAAAGAAGAUUAGAGGUUAAUCAGUCACAUUUUGCACUAUGGAUUGGUUUUUUGAGCGAAUUUAGUUCGAUAGAAUCCGUAUCAUGUAUGCUCUUGGUGUCGUCUUUAGCGCAUUGACCUUGUCUGGUGGUUCAGAGGCUAAGGCGUUGGUCCCAUAAACCGUGGUACAUUCGAGCCCAGUCAGGAAGGUAUCUUAGUGUAGUGGCAUAUGGUAGCACCUAGCCCUGCAAUUGAUCGUGCACAAGAAGAAUCGGCUGCGAAAUAUGUCCAAACACCACAAGGUUAAGUUCCGCUACGGAAUUUGGUACGUCAUUGUUUAUUGCUUCGCUUUACAUUAGCGCAUUUGCCUAAAAUUCCACGCGAUGAUGCCAACUAAAAGGUACAAUCAUGUUACUAUAAAAUACUGUGCUGAGGCAAUUUAUCACAUGUACGUCUUUUUGCGUAACGAUAGGCGCAUUGUGAAACAACGUUUUGUCAAAAAAAUCAGCCCUGCGUUAUGCAAAGUUGUAUACAGGCCACACUGCAAACAGG